AUGUAUGUAUGCACGUGUGCGUGCGCGCGCGCGAGCGAUUCGCGCACACACACACACACACACACUGUCAGAUCUACUCCAAAGCCCCGAACACACGGCCGUUUGAAAUCGAUCGUCUUUGGAGCAUGACGGUUUCAGAGCGCCGUUAGAUCCUGGUUGUUUGGGUGAACUUGGGAUUGAGAUCGACGCCCCAGCGCGGUGAGGGACCGGGCGCCGCCGGACUAUGGGCUCUUAGGCAGGCGGAGAGCGUUGGAUUUUUGGGCCGGUGGUUCUGCGGGAUCGACACGAUGGCGAAUUCGACGGGGAAGAAUGCACCCGAGCAGCGGAGGAAAGGACUAGCUUUCCUGGACGAGCUGCGGCAGUUUCACCAAAGCAGAGGAUCACCGUUCAGGAAGCUCCCGGUGGUCGGGGGGAAGGAGCUGGAUCUCAGCGCGCUCUACGCCAGAGUCGUCUCUUUAGGCGGCUUCGCGAAGGUCUCAGACAGGAAUCAGUGGAGUGAUCUGGGUGAAGAGUUUUCUCUCCCCCGCAGCUGCUCCAACGCCGCUUUUGUUCUCAAGCAGUUCUACCUGCGCUAUUUAGAGAAGUACGAGAAGGUCCAUCACUUUGGAGAAGAUGACGACGAGGUGCAACCCGGGAACCCCAAACAGUCGCUUCCGAUCGGCGCCAUCCCUUGCUCCUACAACUAUCAGCAACACACUGUAUCAGACUAUCUCCGUCAGAGCUACGGGCUGUCGACGGAUUUUGUCCCUCCAUGCGACUAUAACAAACUGGUGCUGUCCCUGCUGUCGGGGCUUCCUAAUGAGGUGGACUUCGCCAUCAAUGUGUGUACGCUGAUGUCCAACGAGAGCAAGCACACCAUGCAGCUGGAGAAGGAGCCCAAACUCGUCACGCUGCUGCUGGCACAUGCCGGAGUUUUCGACGACUCAUUAGGUAGCUUUUCUGCUGUAUUUGGCAUCGACUGGAGGGAGAAAACGUCCCGAGAUUUUGUCAGGUUUUGGAAGGAUAUCGUGGAAGACAUUGAAGUAAAAGAUCUCAUCUCAGACAAGAGCUGCACACCACAAGGAGAAGGUCCGGAGCAGCGUGCUGAGCAGGUGGUGCUGUUUCACCCCCAGAGGAGCAUGGGCAUCUCCGACGUGGAGGGUCAGCGCGUACUGCAGGUCGCCAUCAUCCUGAGGAACCUGUCCUUCGAGGAGACCAACAUCAAACAGCUGGCUGCGAACCGCACGUGUUUGCGCUUCCUCCUGCUCUGCGCACACUGCAUGUUCAUCUCGCUGCGGCAGCUGGGCCUCGACACGCUGGCCAACGUCACGGGCGAGCUUCAGCUGGAUCCAGUAGACUUUCGAACAACACACCUGAUGUUCCACACGAUCACCAAAUGCCUGAUGUCGAGGGACCGUUUUUUAAAAAUGAGAGCCAUGGAGAUCAUGGCCAACCUGAGCAAGGUGGAGGACAACGGCGUUCUUAUCUGCGAGUAUGUGGACCAGGAAUCAUACCGGGAGGUGAUCACGCUGCUAACCCUGCCAGACAUUAUGCUCGUUAUCUCUUCCCUGGAGGUGCUUUAUCAGUUGACAGAACUCGGGGAGAUCACCUGCUCCAAAAUUGCCUGCGUGGACAGAAGCAUAGAUCUGCUGGUGCGUCUCGUCUCGGUUGAUUUGCACACGUUUGGACCUGAAGCUCUGACGGCUAUUAAACUGAUCGAGCACCAGAGCACAAACAGCCAGGUGGCAGAGGUACGGCCACAGCUUGUCGAGAAUGUACCUCCUCCGGUUCAAGGAGCACCCGUGACAGUGACAAGAGUUUCAGUCCAGACUAACCCUCCGCCUGGCAUUGUAGAGAUCGAUGGAGAAAAGUUUGCAUCUCAAUGGCUGAAUGCUCAUUAUGAGGUACAUGCAGAAGGCUCUGUUUCACGCUCCGAGCUGUACUCUGACUACCUGGCAACAUGCGGCAAGCUGUCACGUAGCGGUGUUCUCACGUCUAACUGUUUUUACAAAUGUUUAAGGACAAUAUUCCCUAAUCAUACGAUUAAACGCAUGGAAGAGUCUAAGGUAAACUCUCAAGCUCAGAUCCAUGUAGUUGGUUUGAGGAAAAGGGCGAUUCCUCUACACAUUCAACUGUAUUACCAGCAGCAGUCCUGUCCUGUACCAGGGCCCAAACCCGAAGCCUCCUUAGACCCUCCACAUCACACCCAAUCAGCGUUGCCGCCUGGUGUGGGUGGGCAGUUUGUCCGGGCACCAGCACCAAGUCUUACUGCCAACCAAGCAUCACCACCCGUUGCCUUCAACAUGCAUGGAGCUCCCAAUCCUCAUCCUCAUGUUCCAGCACCAGCUCCACGGCUCCCAGCGAACCCACUGGUACAAACUCCACCGCCUUCCUCGACAGCAGCUUCACCGAUGCUUCCACGACCUAACGACAUUCUAAAGACCGCCAUGAUCCAGAGCUCCAUUCCCACCACUCCCCUUGCCUCCACCCAGACUUUCGUUCCACAUGCUCCAGUAACACUGAUGCAGAAGGCACUACCACAGGGACAUAUCCUCACAGGAAGAGUACAGGCAGCCUGCCCUCCCCUGGAGCAACAACGGCUUCCGACCCCACUGAGCCAGCAAGUUGCCUCUUCCCAGGAUUCGUUGGUGGUACCAGCCAACCCUCCUCAGUACUCGAGCACUCCUUGUACACCAUUGGUGGCAGAAGGGCAGGUGUUUACCGUAGCAGGUGUACAGAGCACCCAAGGAUCACGUGUGACUUUCCAGAAUAUUGCCCCAAAGCCUGCCCCGCAGGCACAGCAUGCGCUACACCACCAGCCACACCUCCAGCAGCAGCAGAGCUUGGUUAUAGUCAGCCCUAAUCCACAGCCCAAUCCUGCCUUUGCCCCAGCCAUCCACCACAUUGUCCUGGCCAACCCCUCAACCAUGCAAAAUGCCCAGACUAUCCAGAUUUCAGGGCCUCCCGCCACCUCUCCUCAACCGGCCUCUUCCCAACUCAACUCUUGCUCCAGUCCAUCCUCAAAUCCCACCCCGGGCCAGGGGCCACCUCCUACUGUCAGCCAGAUGCUGUCUGUUAAAAGGCAGCAGUUACAGAUUCACACAUCACCUACACCACCACCACCACCCCCUCCACCAACCCCUCCCAUGGCCCCACCCAUAUCCCCUGCCCAGACUACCUCUACAGAAUCUAGCUUGAUCAAACAAUUGCUGCUUCCAAAGCGUGGCCCCACGACACCAGGAGGCAAGCUUAUUCUGCCAGCACCACAAGUUCCUCCUCCUGCCAGCACCAGGGCACCGAGCCCACAGGUAGUUUACCAGGUAACCAACAGCAGCCAGGGAACUCCACAAACUCCACAGCUAAAUGUACAGCUCAUGCAGAGCUCGCUGCAAGCUCCAGGUGCUGUACAGACCGUCCCCAUUUCAAUCCUACCCGGGCAGAUCCUUUCCACCUCCAACUCUGCCACCAUCUUACAGGCCACGCCUAACAAUCAGGUCACGUUCACGGUAGUGCCAAACUCUAGUUUCCCUAAUGCCGCAGUGAGCAGCCAGGGGGCACCGUCUCCUAUGGUUUCACAGACGGGUCUAACCAUCAACACAUCACCCCCAACAAUCGGUUUCCAACUGACCCCGCCCAUCCCUCCUCCAGCAUCCACACCUGUCCCGCCUUUCCGAGGUGACAAAAUCAUCUGCCAAAAGGAGGAGGAAGCCAGGGAUGCUGCAGGACUUCAUGUCCACGAGAGGAAGAUCGAGGUAAUGGAAAACUCCUUGGUGACCGAAGUCUCCACCAAAGCCAGCAACGGGCAGCCUAUGGAGGUUGACAGACCUGGGGCCAAGCUGCUCAACGGUAGGAAGUUUGACUCGAGUCUACCUCCAUACCACUCAGGGAACAGCCUGCCAGAGGCUCUGCAAGGUGCACAGGCCCUCAACGGUCCAACCAUACAGGGCAACGAUAGCACGGCCAAACAGACGUCAGGAAGCGCACCCUCUGAAUCUAUAAAACCCCUUGUAAACGGGGUGUGCGACUUUGAAAAAGUCGGGGAAGCCACGACCGGUACCCAUCCAAGCAAAAACAUUCCAAAUCAUAAAGCUUCCAAACACAUGGGCAACGGGGAGGUGCUGAUUCCUUCAAAAGUGCACGAGACUUUUACUGACUCAAACUCCCCCCAGCAAGGCACUGCAAAAGCAGAGCAGCUGGAACGUCUGGCCAAUGGGCCGAAAAGCUCUGGUCACAGCGCUGAGAUUUCCAACGGUCCCUCAGCCCAGAGCUUGGACACGUCAGGCUCGAGGCAACAGCAUUCACCUCACAACCACGUCUCUCCUGCAGCACCACCUACUACCCAGAAUCCCCCUGGAGCAGACCCGGCUACUAAUGGCACGUCUGAGAGCAGGCCCCUAAAGAGACCAGCAGAAGACAGCGACCGGGGCGCUUCGGGAAUCCCCAACAAGGUGGGAGUGCGGAUUGUCACCAUCAGCGACCCCAACAAUGCUGGCAACAGUUCUACCAUGGUGGCAGUCCCGGCAGGUGUUGACCCAAGCACAGUAGCAAAAGUAGCAAUAGAAAAUGUAGCGCAGCAGAGACCCGGUGUGCCUGCUCCGCUUCCUGAAACGACCAUUCAGCAGCCCGUGUCGGCUCAGUCUCCACCCCCGGUGGCUCAGACUGCACAAGCAGUCAGUCAGAGUUCGGUUCCUCCAGGUGAUGGGCCUCAAGCCGCAGCUCUCCCUCUGGAGCAGACCCGCAAACCUGGACAGAACUUCAAAUGUCUUUGGCAGGCCUGUAAAAGGUGGUUCGAGACGCCGUCGCAGGUCUUCUACCAUGCGGCUACGCAACACGGCAAUAAAGAGGCGUAUCCCGGCCAGUGCAUGUGGGAAGGCUGCGAACCCUUUUCACGCCAGAGACUCUCUUUCAUUACACAUCUACAGGACAAGCAUUGCUCUAGGGAAGCUCUUCUAGCCGCACUCAAGCUGGAGGAAACGCAAGGCAGCAGUUCCAACACUUCCAAGUCUCCCCCGCCGGCAGGCAGCAGUUCGGCUCCUUCCAGGCCACAGAAAGCGAUCGUGAAUCACCCGAGCGCGGCCCUCAUGGCCCUGCGUCGCGGCUCCCGCAACCUGGUGUUCAGGGACUUCACUGAUGAUAAAGAGGGACCACUGACCAAACACAUCAGACUAACUGCUGCCUUAACGUUAAAGAACAUUGCCAAGUAUUCAGACUGUGGACAAAAACUGGUGAAGCGGCAUGAGAAUCACCUCUCGGUGCUGGCGCUCAGCAAUAUGGAGGUUUCCACCACGCUCGCCAAAUGCCUUUACGAACUCACGCACACGCUGCAGGCUUGAGCCCUUGAGCUGAACCCAAAAAAAAAAAACAUUCGGACAGGAAUCGGAUCCUGAGAUGCCGGGCGUCAGCAGCACCUCUCUCUCUCCUCCUCCUCCUCUCCUCUCCCGUUCAUUUUUCUCCCUCCAUUCCGGUCCCCGUGCGUUGGGAUUUGUGCAUCAUCACUUCACCUUAUUAUAAAAAAUUUACAAAAAAACAAACAAAAAAAAAAAAACUGCCACGGGUCUUCCACCAGCCACACAGAAACCAGCGCACACGUUUCCAACAAGCCACCUUCUCCUCGUCCAGCACGGAACGAAGCUGCCUCUCCACUCGCAACCAAACGAGCACAUUCUCCUCGGUCCAUGGAUGGAUGUGGGGAGGAAGGGGGGGGUUGGGGCGGAAGUGGGUGGGCUCAUUAGGUGCAGGGGCGGAGCAAAGGGCAGCAGAGGUGUGGCUAGAUGGAUGUUUGUGUUUUUCUUUUCCUUUAGAAGUUGAUAGCUUUGGUUUUCUUACUUGAGCCGAUUAUAUUUUCACUUAUUUAUUAUUGAAAUAAAUACCAAUAUUAAAUGAGAAAAAAAAAACACUUGUAAAUAUUUGUGAAUAAAUAUAAAGUUAAAAAAAAAAAUCUUUCAUGCCGCUGCAGCCACGUCUGUGAGAGAUAGAGAUAGAGAGAGAUAUUGGUGGAGUGUCUGAAGCAUUAUCUUAGUAGGUUGGGAUUUCAUUUUUUAUUUUUAUUUUUUUUGUUUGGUUCCCUGGUGACUUGUACGAGAUGUGAUUCUAUACUCAGCAGUGGAUGAAUGUACUUAAGAACCUGUAAAUAUUCUACAAAGGUACUGAUGCUGUAAAGUUUAGGGAGGGGGGGGAUGGGGAACAGGUUUCUUUCUUUCUUUUGUGGAACUGUGAUUUAUUUUUUUUCCCCCAUUUUUGUACUAAUAUAACUUGUAGAACUCAUUUUGCUGGCUGAAAGAGUAUGGAAUAAUAUAUCUUGUUAUUUUGUAGAAGAGCAAGAGAAAAAUACACACAAAAAAAAAAAACCCUCCAACCACGAAUAUUGAAGGUAUUUCCCUCCUCCUGGUUCUCCACUCGAAGCGUCACUGUACAGGCCCUCUCUCUGCCCGUACCCGAUUCUUUUUGUAUUUGUAAAUUGGUUUAAAUACAUGGCGUUUUAUACAGGUUUUCUCCUGUGUCCUUUUGCUUUCUGUGCAUAUAUUUUCCUCCCCCUCCCCCUUUUUCUAUCUUAAUAUAGUGUGGAAUUUUAUUGUACUAUUUUUUCAUUCUUAAGACCAUGCCACAUUCCGGCUCCCCGCCUCCUGGACAGUCCUUCCCUUCCCAGUGUGUUGUGUAACAUUUAUAAACUGCCUGUUGUGUUAGCAUCCGAGUGAGCGGGGUGUUUUCUCCGCCCCCUCCCUCCCCAAGCCCCGCCCCCUCCUCCCCCCAUUCUGCGGUGUCAGUAGGGUGUGUGAUUAUAUAUACAUAUACCUAAGUCUGUUCUAGGUUGGCUUACUUUACUGGGUGACUGUUUAUAGUUUUUAAAUAAAAGACUGAACAUUUUUGCUAUUGUUUGA